AUGAAUCAGCUUAGCAGCGCGGGCGGUUGUUCGGAUCCCAAUGGCAUGGGGUUCGUCUCGGCGGGUGACGGCCUUCUUAUGCGUCGCUACCGAUCUAAUGCGGGGCACGGCCUCUCGCGUCUCUGCUUCUACAUCCCUUCGGAUUCUCAGGAAGGAGUUGAUUUCGCAAAAAGAGUGCUACACUCCUAUCACGUCGACUCUGGUUGUCUCAAUGCUCGAUACGUCAGAUGGGUUUUCUCUAGAGCAUUCUACGUGAAGGGACUCAGGAAGCUCGCUCUUGAAGUAUGCCGUUCUUGCGACAAGUGCCAGUUCGCCCAAAAUAGGCGGUACUACUCCCUACGGGAUGGUGGUCGAAACCUCUCAAACGGUGUCAACGGAUGUUGGGAAGUUGUUUCGGCCGAUCUUGCUGAGAUGGGACCUGACAGAAAGGGCACAUAUACCUCGGCCUUAUUUCUAAUUGACCAUUUCAGUCGCUUCGCUCUUGUAGCUCCUCUGCGAAGCAGCUCUUCGUCUUCGGUCAUUGGUGCUCUCUCGACCUUCAUCGGUAUCUUCGGUCCAAUGGGACAACUUCGAUCAGAUUGUGGUCCCUGUUUCAGGGGGCGGAAGUUCACGGAGUACUUGGCUUCACAAGGUGUGGUCCAUCAUGCGCUGCCCCCUUACGCGGCAUUCUCCAACGGCUUGGUCGAGCGCUCGAUCUCUGCCAUCAAGUUUAUUACUCGUCAGUUGGCGUCUAAGCGCUCGUGGUCCUCUCAGAUCCACCGGGUUCUCGCCAGACUCAACGCUAAGCCUAUAGAUGGGAUCGGUCUAUCGCCCCACGAGAUUUUCUUCGCUAGACCACGAAGGUUUCCUGUGGACAACGCCCUCCACGAUGUCAAUUCUGGAGCUCUCGUACCAGCGGAUGAAGAGCAAGCUCGUCAGAGGCGUGAGGACGGUGAUUACGUGGAUCGUUUGGUAUCUGAGGCUCUGAAUGCCUCUAAUUCGGCUUCUGCGGUUAAAAGGUUCCCCAGACGUGGUCCCCCUAAAGUUGGAUCCGAGGUUCUCGUGUUCGUGCCUAACCCCAUGGGCGGUGGCAGCUAUGGACACGAGGUCUACCGAGUUCACCGCGUUCUGGGUAAGGUUACUCUUCAGUUGGUGAAGUCGAACGUCCCUCCUGCAUCGGUGACUCCCGAUAUCAUCAAGGAGGUUCACUAUUUCAACGCUCGUCCUUACUAUCGAUCAUCCGGGGGGCAUGUCAGUGCUAAUCAAUGA